AUGUCUCAAGAUCAAUUGCGCGUGCUCAUUGUCGGCAAUGGCGGCCGUGAACAUGCCUUUGCCUGGAAGUUGAGUCAGUCCCCCCGGGUCGAGAUCGUCUACGUCGCUCCGGGCAAUGGUGGUACGGGGCUGGGUGCCUCCGGCAAGAUCACCAAUGCCAACGUCAAGGGUGAUGAUUACCCCGGCCUGGUGGCUUUCGCUCAGAAGAACGGCGUGAACCUGGUCGUCCCCGGCCCCGAGGCCCCUCUCGUCGACGGCAUUCAAGGAUAUUUCCAAGCAGUUGGUAUCAGAUGCUUCGGUCCGUCCAAGGCGGCAGCCCGCAUGGAGGGUUCCAAGACCUUUUCCAAGGACUUCAUGAAACGCCAUAAUAUCCCCACGGCUGUCUACGAGAACUUUUACGAAUACGAACCUGCUCGCCAGUACCUCGAUUCCGUUUCCCACAAUGUUGUCAUCAAGGCCGACGGGUUGGCCGGUGGUAAGGGUGUCAUCAUUCCCACGACGAAGGAGGAAGCCCACCAGGCUCUCCGUGAGAUGAUGCUCGACCAUCAGUUCGGCGAGGCCGGCAACGAAGUUGUCAUCGAAGAGUACCUCGAGGGUGACGAGCUGAGCGUUCUCACCUUCAGCGAUGGCUACACCAUCCGGUCUCUGCCGGCGGCACAGGACCACAAGCGUAUCUUCGACGGCGACCAAGGUCCCAACACCGGUGGCAUGGGCUGUUACGCUCCCACACCCAUCUCGUCCAAGGAGGUUCUGGCGGAGAUUGACCGCACGAUCGUGCAGCCCUCCGUUGACGGCAUGCGAAGGGACGGUUUCCCCUUCGUCGGUAUUCUCUUCACCGGUCUGAUGAUGACCAAGAACGGUCCCAAGGUCCUUGAAUACAACGUUCGUGGUGGAGAUCCGGAAACCCAAACGCUCCUGCCUUUGCUGAGCGACGAUACCGACUUGGCCGAGAUUAUGGUGGCUUGUACGGAGCAUUGGCUGGAUGGUGUCUCCGUCAAUGUGAAGCCCAACUUCUCGACUACCGUGAUUGCCGUGGCAGGAGGCUACCCGGGAUCGUAUGCCAAAGGAAAGGCGAUCACCCUGGACCCCGUGCCCGAAGACACCCUAAUUUUCCAUGCGGGAACUACUCUCGUUGGCAACGAGCUGCAAACGUCGGGUGGCCGAGUUAUUGCGGCCACCGCCACUGCAUCGUCGCUCGAAGAAGCCGUCCGCAAGAGCUAUGUCGGCGUCUCCACGAUUCAUUUCGAGGACAUGUUUUACCGCAAGGACAUUGCGCACCGCGCCUUCAGACAACGCGAUGCCGUUGCAUCCCAACAGCAAUCGCUGACCUACGCCUCUGCCGGUGUGUCCAUUGACGCCGGCAAUGAUCUGGUUAACAAGAUCAAGAGCUCCGUCGCGCAGACCAAGCGCCCCGGAACCGACGCAGUGAUUGGUGGCUUUGGAGGCCUCUUCUCUCUCGCCGCCGCCGGUUCCGCCUACCACCCGCAUUCUCCCACGUUGAUCGGAGCCAUUGACGGCGUCGGCACGAAGCUCAAGAUCGCCCAUACGGUGGGUAUCCACGACACCGUGGGUAUUGAUCUCGUCGCCAUGAACGUGAACGACCUGGUGGUCCAGGGUGCCGAGCCUCUCUUCUUCCUUGACUGCUAUUCCUGCGGCAAGUUGGACGUCAACACGGCUUCUGCCUUCGUCACCGGCGUCGCCAACGGCUGCGCCCAGGCCGGUUGCGCUCUCAUCGGCGGUGAAACCGCUGAGAUGCCUGGUCUUUUCAUUGACGACACCUACGAUGCCGUCGGCGCGGCCGUCGGCGCCAUCAACACCUCCGGCGACAACGCCCGUGCCAUUCUGCCCGAGACCGCCGCCAUGAAGGACGGUGACGUCCUGCUUGCUCUGGCCUCCUCCGGCCCUCAUUCCAACGGAUACUCGCUGGUUCGCAAGAUCGUCGAACGGUCCGGACUCGGCUACAGUGACCCUGCUCCGUUCUCGAUGCCCCUGUCCACCUCCACCGAGCCCCUGUCCCUCGGACGCGCACUCCUCACCCCCACCCGCAUCUAUGUCAAGCCCCUACUGAAGGCGCUUUCGAUCCCCUCUUCCUCGUCAUCCUCCUCUUCAUCCGCCAUCAAGGGUCUCGCUCACAUCACGGGAGGUGGUCUGGCCGACAACGUGCCCCGUAUGCUUCCGUCCACCCUGGCCGCGCACAUCAACGUCGGCUCGUGGCAACUUCCCCCCGUCUUCUCCUGGCUGAAGAAGAACGGCAACGUCACGGCCACCGAGAUGGCUCGUGCCUUCAACUGCGGUGUGGGCAUGAUUAUCGCCGUCGAGAAGGGAUCCGCGGCCGCUGUCCAGGAACUCCUGCAGAAGGAAGGCGAGACGGUGUACGAGAUCGGUGAACUCAAGGCCAAGAAGGAGGGUGAGGAAGGAUGCAUCCUGACGGGAUUGGAGACAUGGGACGCUUAG